AACACCUUGCUUUCCCCAAUCUCUCUCUCGCGCGGUCGGGGAACCCUCUCCACGACGGCGGCGGCGGCGGAGGAGGAGGAGCCAUGGGCGGCCACGGCGGGCUGAACAUACUUCCGCAGAAGCGGUGGAACGUCUACAACUUCGACAACCGCGAGAAGGUCCGCCGCGACGAGGCCGAGGCGGCCCGGGAGGAGCAGCUCCAGCGCGAGGCCGAGCGCCGCCGCGAGUCGGACCUCCGACUCGCCGCGCUCCGCCGCAACCGCGGCCUACAGGCGGCCGAAUCGGCGCCCCUUCCUCCCCCGCGGCCCACCGACGCGGGCCCCGCGGAUCCGGCCGACGAGUCGCCCGCCGCCGACUCCGAAGACGGUCACAUCAACCUAUUCUCCGGCCGCGGUGUCGGUGCUGCCGACUUCGCGGCGCUCGCCUCUGCCAACGGUGGGAGGGGCGCCGCCCGGGAGCGGGAGCCUCCCGCGAACCCUAACCCUAACCCUAAGAAGCGCAAGAAGGAGGAGGUCAGGAUGAUCGGGCCCGACGAGGAGAAAUACAGGCUAGGGUAUGGCCUCGCCGGAAAGGGCGUGGCGGCGCCAUGGUACAUGUCCAAGCCGUUGCCUUCAUCCUCCAAUGAAAGGAAGGAUCGUGACGGGGGAGAAGCGAGCGCAGUGAAGAAGAAUGGCGGGAAGAAGAGCAUUGAGGAGUUGAGGGAGGAGAGGAGGAAGAGGGAGGCCAAGGAGAAGGAGCGAGAGAGAGCACUGCUCGGCAUCCCGUCAAGGAGGGAGAAGCAUUCAGAACGGGGACGGUCGUCGAGAUGGGCACGGUGAUGUGAGGAUGCACUUAAUAUGUUGUGCCGGUUCUGCGAAAGAUGUUGAUUCGAAGUACAAU